UUCUCUUGGACUACACUUCCUUGACCAGAUGGCUUCCCUCGACAUCGACGAAGUUCGCGCUUGCUUCCCAUCCCUGAAAUCAGGGUACAUCUAUGCUGAUAAUGCUGGAGGAUCGCAGACUGCUCAAGGAGUGAUAGAUCGGAUCGUCGAUUAUUUGACCAACACCAACGUACAGUUGGGAGCUGACUAUUUUGUCGGCAUGCUGAGCAAUCAGCGCGUGAAUGAGGGCCCAUUCACCGUUGCAGAGUUGUUCAAUGCUGCUUCUAUCGACGAUGUCGGGUUCGGACCGAGUUCGACGAUGAUUUUGGAGAACAUCGCCAGAGCCCUCGAAAAUGAUAUCCAACCCGGAGAUGAAUUCAUCAUUACCUAUGAACAUGAAGCCAACAACGGACCUUGGAAGCGUCUGGCUGAGCGGCGCAAUGCCGUGGUCAAAUACUGGAAACCUAUGCCAGUGUCUGCUGAAAACCCUUACUCAGUUGCAUACAAGAUCGAAGAACUAUUGCCGCUGGUUUCUUCACGGACCAGGCUGGCCGCCAUCACCGCAUGUUCCAAUAUUUUGGGAUCGUUGAUUCCUGUGGAAGAAGCAGUCAAGGCACUUCGCCAGCGUGCAAAGGAACAGGGUGCAAGAAAGGUCGAAGUUUCUGUAGAUUGUGUUUCAUACGCACCACAUAGAAAAAUGGACGUACGACAGUGGGAUAUCGAUUACUGCGUGUUUUCUUUGUACAAGGUGUACGGGGCUCACAAUGCUGCUGCCUACGUGCGGUCAGCGGCCCUGCAGACAUCUCUUACGUCCAUCGCACAUCAUUUCCUCAAGGUGGACGACAAGCCAUAUAAGUUGCAACCCGGUGGUCCAGGUUACGAGCUGGUGUAUGGUGCAACGGCAGUUGUGCCAUAUCUAAAGUCGUUGACUCCAGAAGAUGAUCUUGCAGCAUCCUACAACGCGAUCGCAAAGCACGAGCAAAACCUUCUAGCUCCUUUACUUGGCUUUUUGACGGACGCAAGACAAUUUGACAGGGGUGUUCGGAUUGUGGGAACGAGCGAGAUCAAUCUCUCGAGAGUUCCAACUGUCAGCUUUGUCGUCGUCGGACAGAACGCGAUCAAGAGCAAGGAUAUCGUUGGAGCAUUUGACAAAAAGGGAGAGAUCGGAAUUCGAUACGGCCACUUUUACGCGUAUUCUCUUAUUGACAACCUACGCCCCAAACUGGAUGUGAAUGACGGGGUCGUCCGCAUUUCACUUGUCCACUACAACACCGUCGAGGAGGUGGAGAAGAUCGUGAACGUUUUGAGGGAAGUUUUGGGCUGAGAGAUAAUCUUGUAAAUUGCGUGAACAUGUAACUAGUAGUGGGGAACAUUUUGGAGAUGCAUUUUUCUGAUCUGGAGGUUGCUUACCUCAGCACGGAGGUUCAUCCGCGGCGCGUGUUCGGAACUUUGAUAGUCUUGUGAUCAUG